GUAUUACGAGUCGGCUUUUAUUGGUUAUGUGCUUAGAAGAAGUUUGAUCCUUUGUCAGAGUUAGACAAUAAUUAUUUUUGAAUUUGGAUUAUCGUGUUUUCCUUUUUAUUGAUUGUGAGUUUUUUCUUCUUUGUGCUUCCUGAUCGCUUCAUUGUCAAUCAAUGGUAGAAGAGUUUCCUCAUUUAACUUUACUUUGUGAUUGUUAUAUGACUGUAGGAGUUUCCUCCAGCUGCUGGAAGGUACCAUGUCAUGUGGGUAUCUUUCCUCGACUCGCUAAAGCUUCUCCUGAUUCUAUCUUGAUCAUUGUUUCUAAUCAUGUCGAUGUUUUGACUUACGUUGCUUGGAAACUCUCUGGUUUUCCGGUGAAUCGAAUUCUUGGAUCUUGUACUAAUCUCAAAUCCUCUCGGUUCCGAUUCUUAAUUGCAGAUCAUCUUGAUGUUAAUGCUCUAGAAGUACAGGUUAUCUUUUCUUUAGAGCUAAGAAAGAAGACAUUGAUUCUGUAAACAAAAAGACAGCUGCUAAAUAUGGUUCAGUUGCAGCUCCUAUUAUUGUGGAAAAGACUAC